AUGUCUUGCCAACCGCGCUUCCCUAAUACUUGGGCCACGAUCGGCCGGUCGCUCACUACGCCCAACCCAAGGCUUCAGGCCGCUACGGGACAUUCAAACAUUUCUGUGGCCCAAACCGCCUUCCCAGCCACCUCAUCCAUCAUCCAAAGAUGGGGAGACUUCAACUUCAACAACCUCCAUGAGUCGUACGGAGAUCUACUAGAUGACUUCCAUGUUCCCGUUGUGAUCGACGAGCAACCACUCAUCGCAGCCUCAAGCCUCACCGAAAUGAAGAAGGCCUUCGACGGACAUAUCGUGCCCCGUCUCCGACAGCCCAUCGCUACGGGCGUCGCACUUCUCGCAAGCCGGUGCGGUGAAGCUUGCCGAGAUGUUUCGGUGCUCACGGACGAACAUCUAGCCCAGGGCCGCCGCUCUGCCUUGUCUUUCGUAACCAGCGACGACGAACAUCUUGCCGUUAGUUGCGCCUACACCUCCAACCAGUGGGACUCCCGCGAGCUGGAAGAAGGAGAGAACUACCAGCCUUAUCCUCUUCUUCGCUUAGCGACAUAUUGUCACGACGUGGGGACCCGUUAUGGGUUCAUCUUCUCCGAUCAUGAGCUCGUUGUCGCCCGUGUGAGCGGCACCCCAAGUGCUGGCCUGAUCGAAUGGCAAUCCAUCCCUUGGGAAGCCGCAGGUCCCGGAGUCUUGACAGUCAACCUGUCGCUGUUUCUCAUGGUGAUGAUGGCUAUGCACGACAGCCAUCGGCCCAUCCUCCCUCAUCUAUACCCCUUCCCUGUGAACUUCUGGUACUACUUCCAGAACGUUGACGGGGACUGGGUCACCAGACAUCACCUGUCUCGCCGAGAGGUGUACCAUAGUUUGCCAGGAGCUAUCACUCAGCUCCCAAAUGACGUUCCCUUCGAGGAUGCGCACAUUACUGAGUGA